AUGCGUCCCCGAGGCCCCUGGGCCACUGGCCCAGCAGCUCUGCUGCUCCUCACCGGCGUCCUCGUCUCCGACGCACUGCUCAGCACCCGGGGACGGAAGAAGGUGGUCCAUGUCAUGGAGGGUGACAGUGGGACCGUGGUCGUGCAAACAGCCCCGGGGAAGGUGGUGACGCACCGGGGCGGCACCAUCAUCCUGCCCUGCCGGUACCACUACGACGUGUCCGCCCACGACCCGGCCGAGAUCCGCCUCAAGUGGACCAAGGUGACGGAGCCGAUGGCCUUCGUGGACGUCUUCGUGGCGCUGGGGAAGGCGCGGCGGGCAUUCGGCAGCUACCGCGGCCGCACGGCCCUGCAGGAGGACGGCUUCGGCGACGCCUCGCUCAUCAUCCGCAACGUCACCCUGCAAGACUAUGGCCGCUACGAGUGCGAGGUCACCAACGAGCUCGAGGAUGACACCGGCAUGGUCAAGCUGGACCUUGAAGGCGUGAUCUUCCCCUACCACCCACGCCUGGGUCGCUACACCCUGAACUUCCACGAGGCGCAGCAGGCGUGCCUGGAGCAGGACGGCAUCCUGGCCUCGCACGACCAGCUGCACCAGGCCUGGCUGGAGGGCAUGGACUGGUGCAACGCCGGCUGGCUGGAGGACGGCUCGGUGCAGUACCCCAUCUCCCGCCCGCGGGAGGAGUGCGGCCGCAAGGACACGCCGGUGGGGGUACGCAACUACGGCUACCGGCACAAGGAGAGCGAGCACUACGACGCCUUCUGCUUCACCUCCAACCUCAACGGAGCAGGGGAGAGGUAA